UGAGCCUCCGUCCUAAUGGGUGCUCAAGAAACGUCUGCAGGAUGCGGGACUUGUAGGGCACGCAGCACUUCUCUCAGCACGCCGAGUCUCCAAAGCCACCCACUCCAGCAGGGUCUCGGGUCGGCGAGGACUCACACCCCCACAGGACGCCAAUCGCAAAGCGCCUUCUCAGCCGCGGUUGAAGAUACAUCCGGGUCACCGUGUUGCACUUCGGGACGUUUAGGGUCGGCCGGUGGAAGAGGCGAGGCCGGCGGACCAUCUGCUUCCGGAGCCGGGCGCUCGGGCUUGGGCAGCCGGGUGGGGGCGCGCGGGGAGUGUGGCGGAGCCGGCUGUCUGCGCUGGUCCGACUGCAGUGCGCUCGGAGGAGCCCCGCGCCGGCCGCGGCAUGCUACCCUCCUCUGCAAGGCCUACCGUGGGGGCCACUUAACCAUCCGCCUUGCCCUGGGUGGGUGCACCAACCGUCCCUUCUACCGCAUUGUAGCUGCUCACAACAAGUGCCCCAGGGAUGGACGUUUCGUGGAGCAGUUGGGCUCCUAUGAUCCGCUGCCCAACAGUCAUGGAGAAAAACUUGUUGCCCUCAACCUGGACAGGAUCCGGCACUGGAUUGGCUGUGGGGCUCACCUCUCUAAGCCUAUGGAAAAGCUUCUGGGUCUUUCAGGCUUCUUCCCUCUGCAUCCUAUGACGAUCACAAAUGCUGAGAGACUGCGAAGGAAACGGGCACGUGAAGUCCUCUUAGCAUCUCAGAAAACAGAAACAGAGGCUUCAGAAAAAGAAGCAAGCUGACUUCAGUGAGCAUAGCAGUGGGAACAGGUCAAAGUCCUCUUAAAACAUUGGUGGAUCUGUUAAUUUUCUUAGAUUUGGAGGUCAAUAAAUGAGUUUUCUGAGUCAACCAUG